AUGCCUUGUCCGAUAAGUGUCACGAAAUUUGUCGGGACCAUUUCUCUCGGUCUCCUGACUGGAACGUCCUAUACCUUGACGAGCAUAACUCUCCCAUCUCUUGCUCUCCUCCCUUCAGCUUCCCUCGCUUCUCGCACUCUAGCCAUCAUCCAGACCCAAUCUACCCGUCAGAUCCUCACGCUGGCAUCAAUUUCUUCGCUCUCGCUCAUCACAGCUUUCACCCUCGCCUCCCCGCGCGGUCGCCAUCCGUAUCUGCUCUGGACGGCUCUCGUCUCGUUCAUUGGUGGCCAGGGCGUCGAGUACUGGUAUAACGGACUUUCAAGAUUCCCCCGUGUGAGCGGUCGAUCCAGCAGAGGGAAAAGCGCUGCUGCCAGAGUCUCGAGCCCUGGUGGUUCCGAGAGUGGAUUUAUUGAAGUCGAACCACAUGGAAGCGAAGAUCAGGUUAAUGGAGAGAAAGUCGAGAUGGAGAUGACGAGGGAGCGCAAGAUACAGUGGGUGAGGAGUUGGAUUGCCGGUAUAGGCUUUGCCAUGGGUGUGGUAGGUAUCUGGGGCGAUGGCGUCUAG